AUGGAGGCGGGCGACAGGUGCUGCGCGCCUCCCGCGGCCGUGGCUGCCUGGGCGGCGCUGUACGAGUCUGCGAACUUCACCUUCGCCACCGACGAGGACGCGGACAGCUUCGACCCCUACACCAGGAGACGAAUUCGACAUGACGAAGACGCCGUCGAAGUGGCACGAGGGGCAGCUGUUCCUGGCAAACGCGGGCCUGCAGUCCUUUAUGAGCCGGCUCAGUGUUUACCCGCAGGAGUCCCAGAAGCAGUUGCAGGAGAGACGCUGCAGCGGCUCGUCCAGACGGGGACGAUCGCCGCGCAGGGCCUCGUGAGCUUCGUCGGCGGCGUCACGGUGUCCCGAAGCCGCCCGCCCGCCGGGUGCCGCGGCGAGGACUGCGCCCAGCAGCAGGUGCGUGCAGUCCCAGCGGCGGAGCUGAAGAGUGCCUUGGACCAGCUCUUCGGGUUCCUGAGGACCUUCCCGGAGGUGGACGUGGCGGACCUUCUGAAGAUUGCCUUGGUAGGCGAGAGCCUGGACGACGACCUCGGCUCCUUCCUGAGCUUCCAGCCGUGGGACCUCCGAGGCGUCAUGCUCAAGGCCAAGGCCAGGAUCCUGGGCGCGAUGCUGCAGCCCAGCCGGCUCUCCCGCGUCAGGUUCGCCGAGGACACGCGAGAGCAGAGGGAGCCUCCGUUCUCCGACGGCGAGCCCCCCCUGGAUCCCCUGGGGCCCGUGGCCGCGCUGCUGGAGAUGGCCUCCAGGCAGCUCCUGGGCGUCGGGGAGGGCAAGUGGGCGUUCGAGGGCAGCCAGGCCGGGAGCGCCGCCUUCACCCCCGACGACCAGGAGAGGCUGAAGAAGAUGAUCGGGGACCCCGACGUGCAGGACCUGCAGCUCCUGUACCUGGAGUCGCUCGUCGCCGCCGGCGCCGGAGGGCGCGGCCGCGUGCCCUACGUCGACACGGCGGUCACAGGCGAGAUCGUGAGACUGUGGGGCAUCCUGGAGAAGGUGUACGCAUCGAUCACGGAGGACGCCUCGGUCUCGCUCAGGGGCAGCUCGGAGAUCGGUUUCUUGACCGAGGCGUUCCGCAUCCUGGGCCCCGCUCGGGGCUUCCUGGGGUAG